AUGUUCACACCGACAGAACCUCCAUACACUGCGGCACCGCAGGAUGCAUCCUUUAUUUUUUCUGUUGCUAAGGAUGUUUGGGGAAAGGUUCCACCACCCCCUGGCUUCACUGUCCCCUGGAGACUCGCUGUUCCUUCUACCGGUGUUCAGAGCCCCUUCACCUUGCCUGAUCCACCGGCUAUACCCAUUGAUCUCCAGCGUGAGUACCUGACAACGACGUUUCCAGCACCCGCGCCUUCUGGGGAAAGCUUUACGUCUCUUCAUCAUAGUCAUGCUUUCCAACAAUCACCUCCCGGAUCUUCAUUUACCGCCCCCCCAUCUCCCAAGCCUGCUCAAGGACCGUCUUUGGAAUUUCCGACGUUUGCCGUCCAAAGGACCAUCUCACGAACUGCGCAGCAUGUGGGUGCACCUCUUCGUCUAUCGUCUCGAGGUCGGCGACAGACAAGGACCACGCAGUUUGGUGCCCGUGUAGACUCUCAGCAGAUUGAGGGUGAGGGUGCCCAAGGAGGCACUUUCGCAGAGUCCAUGCUCGAGACGAGACUGUUUGAUCCGCUUGCGCCCCUGAUUGCUGAAGCAUUUCCAACGGCCGGGCCUAUCGGGGUUGCGGGGGUUGAGCGGAGAGUGCACGGGGAACAUUCGCCUUCUCACCCACCUUCUCCCUCUGGGGCCAGCUAG